AUGGCCGAAGAAGAUUACGCGCGUGGAGAGGACGAAUACGAGGACGAGGAGGUCGAUGAGACAAGCUUCAGAUCUGUGAAGGAUGCGGUGCUGUUUGCCAUAGAUAUCAGCAGCUCAAUGCUCAAGCCUCGUCCAUCACCAGAUCCAAAGAAGCAUGCCGAUGAGUCGCCUGCAUCGGCUGCAUUGAAAUGUGCAUACCAUCUGGUACAGCAGCGUAUCAUCUCAAAUCCCCGUGACAUGAUCGGUGUGAUGCUCUAUGGAACCGAAUCUUCGAAGUUCUAUGAUGAAGAUGAGAGCGGAGGUGACCUGUCAUACCCACACUGUUACCUGUACACAGACCUCGAUGUACCGUCUGCCGAGGAGGUCAAGCAUCUGCGGUGUCUAGCAGACCCAGUAGCAGAUGACGAGGACAGAAGGGACAUCUUGAAGCCAUCAAAGGAGCCAGUAUCCAUGGCCAACGUGCUGUUCUGCGCAAAUCAAGUCUUCACCUCCAAAGCUCCCAACUUCCUGUCCCGUCGGUUAUUCAUUGUGACCGAUAACGACGAUCCUCAUGCGGAUAACAAGUCAUUGCGCUCUGCUGCAACAGUUCGGGCAAGAGAUCUGUAUGAUCUGGGUGUUAACAUCGAGCUGUUUCCCAUCUCAGAGCCAGAUCGUGAAUUUGAUGUUUCCAAGUUCUACGAUGAUAUCAUCUAUAAAACCUCACCCAGUGAUGGAGAUGCACCAGUUUACCUCCAGCCGGACACCAACACAGCAACCGCUAAAGGCGACGGCCUCUCGUUGCUCAACUCUUUGCUAUCCAGCAUAAACUCGAGAUCCGUGCCUCGGCGUUCGCUUUUCUCAAAUGUACCCCUCGAGAUCGGACCUGGCCUCAAAAUCUCCGUUAACGGGUACCUGUUACUUAAAAAGCAGGAGCCCGCUCGGAGUUGCUUUGUCUGGCAAGGCGGAGAAGUUCCCCAGAUCGCCAAAGGCGUUACAACACAAAUGGCCGAUGAUACUGCACAGGAGGUAGACAAGGCUGAUAUUCGAAAGGCUUACAAAUUCGGCGGGGAGCAGGUUACGUUCACAACGGAGGAAACACAGGCUUUACGGCACUUUGGUGACCCUGUGAUUCGAAUCAUCGGCUUUAAGCCGCUCUCAGCCCUGCCAAUCUGGGCUAACACCAAACAUCCGUCGUUCAUUUAUCCCUCCGAGGAAGACAUGGUGGGUUCCACGCGUGUGUUUGCAGCCUUGCACCGAAAACUCCUCGAUUCCAAGAAACUGGCGUUGGUGUGGUUUAUCCCCCGCAAGAACUCCACCCCCGUUCUAGCUGCCAUGAUUGCUGGAGAAGAGAAAGUCGACGAGAAUGGCGUGCAGAAAGUCCCGGCUGGGAUGUGGGUUAUUCCAAUUCCAUUUGCGGAUGAUGUUCGUCAGAACCCACCUACACCGUACAACCCAGCACCAGGGGAGCUGGUAGAUGCUAUGCGAGAAGUGAUUCAGCAACUCCAACUUCCGAAGGCCAUUUACGAUCCUGCAAAAUACCCGAAUCCGGCACUGCAAUGGCAUUAUCGAAUUCUGCAGGCCAUAGCUUUGCAAGAAGACCUCCCCACUGCAUCGGAAGAUAAGACAAUUCCGAAGUAUCGACAAAUUCACAAGCGUGCUAGCGAUUAUGUCGAUGAAUGGGCUACUCAGGUGAACGCCUACUUACAGCGGACAUCGGGUGGGGGCACCAAGUCCACAUUGGUGAAGCGAGGUGCCAAAUCCGAGAGCGCCGAUGAUCCUCCCUCGAAGCGACCAAAGAUCGAGUUCGGUUCCUCCGGGGUGGAGGAAGAGGUGAAGCGGAGUUUCGCCAAAGGCGCUGUGUCCAAGCUCACGGUGGCCGUCCUCAAGGAGUUCCUGCAUUCUCAUGGCCGGGCUAACGCGGGAAAGAAAUCCGAUCUCGUGGAACGAGUUGAGCAGUACUUCGAGGAAAAGCAGUAG